UGACCAGGAGUUCAUUAGUCCUUCUUCUAACGCAGGACUGGCCGCUUUGCUGCUCGUGGAACUGGAACAAUGGCUUGGCUAAAGCCAGGAUGGCUCCUUUGGGCGAGUUUUGUCGGAUUUAUGGCAUCUGUGCGGAGCAUAAGACGGGACGAGCUUUUCCCUUUCGGCCCGGGCGCAGGAGACCAGUUGCUGGACUCGGGGGAUGACCAGACCUACCUCCUCUCACUCAACAAGUCUCUGUUUUUCUAUGAUGCCGCUUUCGACAGCAUUUUUAUCAACACCAACGGAUUUGUCGCAACGGCACAACCGGAAAGCGAGUCCAUCUACCUUGGCAAAAUGCCCCCGAGAUUCGGCAUGAUCGCGGCCCUGCAGGGGGAUCUGGACACCGGCGACGGCGUGGGGAGGGUCUUCUUCCGUCAGGACGCCGGCCCAGAUGUGCUGCGCCGGGCGGCCGAGCACAUCAACCGGGCCUUCCCGGAGGACGACGAGGUCAACCCCACAGCCGCCGUGGUGAUCACCUGGCUCGACGUCGCCGCUAAAACCGGCGCAGAUGGCAUUGAGAAGAAGAGAAACACCUUCCAGCUGGUUCUAGCAUCCCUGGAGACUGCCACGUACGCCAUUCUCCUCUACGCCCGGGACGGAGUGCAGUUUUCAUCCACACCUGUAGGGGGCAGCAACGCGGUCCUGCACGCUGGCUUCAGUAAAGGUUUGGUCCGAGGAUUCCUGUUUGCGAGUCAGGGGCAAUAUUACCGGACCACCACCGACGACGAGGCUUCUGUUAGGGCGCUGGCAGAGGAGACCAACUCCGGCCUGCGGGGCGUUUGGGUGUACGAGAUCGGAACUUAUCCGCUGUUUAGCAACGUCGCUCCCGGGGAGGUCACCGAUCUGCCGCCGGAGGCCGCGCUCCCGGAGAGCGGUGGACAACAGAAAUACUCUCCCAUCGAUCCACACGCCGGGCAGAUUGAAGUCUUUCCGCCGCAGUACCAGCCGCAGAACCCUGAAAUAGUUGUGAUCGAUGACGCAGAGAUAAAUGUUGAUGUGUUCUCAUACAACCUUGGGACAUGUACCAACAACAGAAAUAAGUGUUCCCAGUUUGCAGACUGCAGAGAUUAUUCCAGUGGAUACUGCUGCCACUGCAGACCGGGCUACUAUGGAAAUGGCCUACAGUGUGUGGCAGAGGGAAAGCCACAGAGGAUGAACGGUAAGGUUAACGGGAGGGUGUUUGUGGGCAGCUCUCAAUCUCCGGUGGAGUUCAGCAGCAAGGACCUCCACUCGUACGUCGUGGUCAACGACGGUCGCUCCUAUGUUGCCAUCAGCGACAUUCCUGCUGCUCUGGGGCCCUCUUUGAUGCCGCUGUCGGCCAUCAGUGGCGUGAUCGGAUGGGCGUUUGCACUUGAGCAGCCUGGUUUCAAGAACGGCUUCAGCAUUAUUGGCGGUGAGUUCGUCCGGCAGGCUGAGGUGACCUUUCUGCCUGGGAACGAGAAGCUGACCAUCAGACAGGAGUUUAAAGGGACGGAUGAACAGGACCACCUGGUGGUGAGCACCACCAUGAAUGGCCAGGUCCCCGAGGUGCCUCUGGAUGCCAAAGUCCAGAUCGAGCCUUACACCGAAAUCUACCAGUACAGCAACAACAUGAUCACCUCGUCCUCCACUCAGAACUACAAAGUGAUUUUUCCCAGUGGAGCCACUGAAGACGCGAGGUAUCAGUGGCGUCAGACCAUAUCCUUCCAGGGCUGCCAACAUGGCGACUCUUUGAGGGACAUCAAGCCCACCCAGCUGCUCAGCGUGGACCAGCUGUUUGCUCUGUACGACGCUCCCAAUCAACUCCUCCGUUUGGCCAUGAGCAACAAGAUUGGGGAUGUCAAUGGUGGGGAGCCAGAGGAGAACCCGUGUUUCACCGGGAGACACGGCUGUGACACCAACGCCGUCUGCCGGCCCGGCCAGGGAAACGACUUCACCUGCCAGUGUGCGUCGGGAUUUAACGGGGAUGGGCGUACGUGUUAUGACAUCGAUGAGUGCAGAGAAAACCCUCGGAUCUGCGGGCCUAACUCCGUCUGCAACAACCAGCCUGGGACCUUCCGCUGCGAAUGUGAAGACGGGUAUCAGUUCGGCAGCGAUGGACGGACAUGCAUCGAGGUUGAUCGACCAGUGAACCACUGUGAGGAAGGCACGCAUGACUGCGACAUCGCUGAGCGAGCUCAGUGCAACUACAACGGAGGUUCCUCCUACAUCUGCAGCUGCCUCCCGGGGUUCGCAGGAGAUGGGAGAACGUGCCGAGACGUGGACGAGUGCCAGCAGAGCCGGUGCCAUCAGGACGCGGUGUGCACCAACACGCAGGGCUCGUUUGUCUGCCGGUGCCGGCCCGGUUACAGCGGCGACGGCUUCUACUGCUCCCCAGGGAGGACCAGAACCCAGUGCGAGUCCGAAAGGGACAGACUUCUAGGUCAGACCGGCUUCAGUAAUCCACGUGGGCCUCGGCCUCCUGUUGGCCAGUACAUCCCUGAGUGCGAUGAAAACGGGGAUUAUGUGCCCGUUCAGUGCCACGGCAGCACCGGGCAGUGCUGGUGUGUGGACCGCUACGGACAAGAGGUCCCCGGGACCCGGACUGACCCCGGCAGCAGGCCUUACUGUAUCCCCAACGGCAAUGUGGUUCCAACUAUCGGACCCCGACCUCGACCCGAUGUGGUUCUGCCCCCGGGGACGCACCUCCUGUUUGCCCAGAGCGGCAGAAUAGAUCACAUCCCAAUGGCGGAUUACGACAUGAAGAAGGAAGACGCCAAGGCCGUCCUCCAUCUUCCCGGGAGGGUAGUCAUCGGAGUGGCCUACGACUGCACGGAGAAGAUGAUUUACUGGACGGAAAUUACCUCGCCGUCAAUUAGCAAGGCCAGCAUCGAGGGAGGAGAACCCACCGCCGUCAUCACAGCAGAUUUGGGCAGCCCCGAGGGCCUUGCCAUCGACCACAUGGGGCGAACGAUGUUCUGGACGGACUCCAUGAGGGACCGCAUUGAGGUGGCGUCUCUGGACGGGACCCAGCGUCGUGUCCUCGUGGACACGGAUCUGGUGAACCCCCGAGCUAUCGUCGCUGAUCCCAUCAACGGAAAUUUGUACUGGGCUGACUGGAACCGUGAAGCUCCAAAGAUCGAAACCUCCUACAUGGAUGGAUCCAGCAGGAGAGUCCUGGUUCAGAGCGACCUGGGCCUGCCCAACGCCUUGACCUACGACCCUCAGACUUCCCUGCUGUGUUGGGCAGACGCAGGCACACACAAAAUGGAGUGCAUGAAUCCCAGCCGGGGUCACCGCAACACGGUCCUGGAAGGACUCCGCUACCCGUUUGGGAUUACAACCUUUGGGAGGAACAUCUACUACACUGAUUGGAAAAGGAACGCCGUUGUCCAAGUGGACCAGUUUGCUGAAAAGGAGUCGGACGAGUUCCAGCCACAGAAACGGGCCAACAUCUACGGGAUCACCACAGCCUACGCUCAGUGUCUUCCAGGGCAAAACUACUGUUCUGUGAACAACGGAGGCUGCACUCACCUCUGUUUAGCGACGCCGAGGGGCCGCUCCUGCAGGUGUCCCGACAACGGGGCCAGCGUGGGCUGCGUGGACAGAGAGUACUGAAAGCAGGGAGGGGGGAUGGCCAUCCUUUGAGACGGUUUUCAGAUGUUUGAACCACUCAGUGUUGCAAAAUCCUUUGAAAAAAUGCCACAAAAUUCCACUUUUUAAAAAAAUUUCCGACUCACCAUUCAUGAUAGACUUCCCCGAGGGGCUUAUCGUGCGCAACAAGCACAAGAAGCAAACGUCAUCCGGACACCUGACAAGGCAGGAAGAUAAGAGGCGACUUCUCAGAGUUAAAACGAGAUCAAUCAAAAACAUAUCUUUUUAAAAAAAAUAAAUAAAUAGAUAAACAAUAUGCUGGUGAAGAUUGUCGGUCAUCCAGGUCAUGGUCAUUCCAAAAAAAAGUAAAAAACUGAACGUAAUGUGGAGUAAAAAAACUGUUACUCCACAUUACUCCAGCCUUUUUGAAUUGAGAAAGCUUCAACUACGAAAAACAAGUCCAGUUGCUUUGUUUUUUUUUUUUUUUAACUUUUUUUGGAAUAGAUAAACAAUAAAACGGAGCUAAAAACCGAUGUUAAAAUGCAGCAACUCGAAAGCGAAGCCUGUGACUGUAGGAACAAAAGAGCUCUGUAGGUUCUGUAAAUAAAAAUACUCUUAUCAUGUUUAAUUAUUUCUUGAGUGCACGUGAACUGAGAUUUAAGCUCCAGGGAUUCAUAAUUUAAUGUGAAGAUUAUUUAGAGCAGUACCUGACAGCAUCUCCUGUCAGCUGUGUUACACUGUGUCACAGUUGACUUAAAGCUUAUCUCGUGGUCUCAAUGCUGACUUUAUAAACACCUCUGUGAAGCUGGUAGAAUCACUUUUUACUCACAGGCCAGCUAAUAGUUUUUUUUUUUUCUACCAAUUUGAAGCUCCUGGGGUUUUAUUUAAAGCAACACUGCCAUCAUGUGUCAGGUGGUUGAAAUGCAAAUGAAGCGUCAGUAAAUCUUUUGGAGUUCAAGCAGUGUUUAAUGAUAAACGUAUGACUUGUCCAGCAGAUUUAUAUGAAAUAUGGAGAAAUAUAUAUAUACUUUUAAAUAAAACUGAAGGCUGGAGCUAUUAAUAGCCAGUGAGCCUCUUCCACUUGGAGUCUGACUGCAAUAAUAAGACAUGUUUCAUUUGUUAUUUUCAUGCAACCUGUUUUAAAAUAUUUUGUGUUUAUCGGAUACCAUCAGCUGCCCCCCCACUGUGGAAACACUACUAUUCAGGGUAGCAUCAAAUGACACAAGAGACUAGAAGGAUACAGGGUUGUUUUACUGUACAAUUAUAUCGCCCGUGCCAUAUUUAUCGGCAUCCCUGGUAAAGAUGUGCAAAGAUCCUCAAAAUUAAUUAAUAUUUGUCUGCAGGAGCAAUAUUUAUCACUGAAAAUUUUAUUUGAGGCCACAUAGUUAGAGAAGAAGAAAAAAAUCUAGUGUUGAAAAUAAAUUGUUUUUAACAAAAAUCAAAGUUGUUGGUGCUUUUAAUAAUUCUUGUAAAAGUAGCUGAAGGCCAUUUUUAUUCCUCCGAGACUUUUCUGAGUUCAUCACAGUUUUCUCUGAACUUCUAAUUAGAAAUCCAGGACUUUCUGUUUCCCUGGGAUACAAAUAUGAAGCGGCGCAGUGGUGCCAAUAACUGUGGCAGCGGUUUGCUUGUAAAAAAUGGAUUUGAAAAAUACAUGUAUUUCUUGAUGUGCAUGCAUUUGUUUUUCCUGACUGAAGAAAUGUACUCAACUGCAGGAUUGGAUAUUUCUAAAAAAAAUUCCGGUAUGUAAGAUAAUGCAGAAGCAAUAAAAGAUUCAUUUUUACACAUC